GCAGCCCUUGAAAGCUGCCUAUAUAAACUGCAUUACGCUGCCUAUCUCUAGCACAAAAGCCAUUAGCCAAAAAGCAAACAAUGGGAGAGCUAGUAGUGAAAUCUUGCUUCAUUCUCUUCUUCUUCUUUGUUAUAUGCCAAUCUUCGUUGGCAUCCAAAAAACCAUUGAGACAACCAUGUAAGCGUCUUGAGCUUUACUACCAUGAUAUUCUCUUUGAUGGCACGGAUUUGGCUAAUGCAACAUCCGCUAAAGUUGCAAAUCAGACUACUCUUGGCAACUUCAAAUUUGGCAUGCUGGUUGUCUUUGAUGAUCCUGUUACUUUGGACAGCCACCUUCUUUCUCCUCCAGUUGCAAGAGCUCAAGGAUUCUAUUUCUAUGACAAGAAGAACGAUUACAAUGCAUGGUUUGCCUUCACAUUGGUCUUCAACUCGACCCAAUAUAAAGGUACACUGAACAUUAUGGGUGCAGAUUUAAUGGCAGCUGACACAAGAGACCUCUCAGUUGUUGGUGGCACUGGAGACUUUUUCUUGACAAAAGGGAUUGCAACAAUUCAGACUGACGUUUUUCAGGGAGCCAACUACUUUCGCCUGAAGAUGGAUAUUAAGUUAUACGAAUGUUAUUAGAUAUAGAAUGCAAUUCACAUAUCAAAUAUGUGGGCUACAUAUGCGUCUUUGUAUUGGUAAUUAGUACAAGUUCACUAGGGAGUGAGGGAGUAUGGAAUACUUUGCCAUGCUCUAUGCUGUUCGAUCUAUCCGCUUAGAAUUGCUACUUUCUUUUUGUUUGCUGUUCGUAACUGUGUCCUAAAUUAUAAAUAAAACUUUGUGUUAUGCGAA